GGACUAUUGUAGCGCGUCACGUGCCGCUACGAAAUGCAGAUUCACGAUCUCGACGACUCGGCGAGCGACCUGUUACAACCUGUUACAACCUACCUUCGUAGUCUUGCUGUCUCCGCCCCUGGGCCUCUAUUCUCCGCAAAGUUUGCGAUAAAGGAGAGACCUUGUACGUCGAGUCAUCCGCCGAGGGUGGAUGCGACUGUACUCUCUCCCACUCAAAGCAUCUCGAUUCUGUACUAUAGCCAAUCUUCUCGUUUGCAAAAACCACACAGCAAUGGCAAACGCGACUCCCAACAAGACGGCGCAUCCGUUCGAACGCUCGCGGCUGGAGUCUUUGCUCUUCGGACGGUUUUUCUACGCUCCCGCGUUUGACAUCUAUGGAGGUGUGAAGGGUCUCUAUGACUUCGGCCCGCCGGGCUCGAGUUUGCAGAGCAACAUCAUUGCCGAAUGGCGGAAGCACUUCAUCGUGCAAGAACACAUGCUCGAGCUGGACACGGCUAUCAUCACACCUGCGCCAGUGUUUGAGACUUCGGGCCACGUCGCACGAUUCGCAGACUGGAUGGUCAAGGAUGUUGAGACAGGUGAAGUCCUUCGGGCGGACCAUCUUGUCAAGAACGUUCUGCAAGAUCGACUAGACAGGGAUCGCCUGGCAAGAGAUCCUGCGUUCCAGCCCAAAAAAGAAGACGACAAAAAGAAGAAGAAGGCGGAAAAGGACAAGCCAAAGGCCGAGCCUGUUAAACUACCCGAUGAGGUCGUCGCCGAGUACGAAAACAUCCUUGCCAAGCUGGACAACUACGGCGGCCCCGAGUUGGGCGAGCUCUGCCAAAAGCAUAAGAUCACUAACCCGGACACAGAUAACAAGGUGACAGAGCCGAAGAUGUUCAAUUUGAUGUUCAAGACCAGCAUUGGCCCCGCGGGGGAUGUAUCGGGCUACCUCCGACCCGAAACGGCACAGGGUCAUUUCCUGAAUUUCAAUCGGCUGCUCGCAUUCAACAACGGCACUGUCCCGUUCGCCUCAGCGCAGAUCGGGCGCUCGUUCCGCAAUGAAAUUUCCCCGCGCGCUGGGCUUCUGCGCGUGCGCGAGUUCACGAUGGCGGAGAUCGAGCACUUCGUCGACCCGGAGGACAAGAGCCACGCGACAUUCCACGAGGUACGGGAUGUCGAACUAGACCUGCUUGAUCGACACGUCCAGGAGUCCGGCAGCACGAAGGUGGCGAGGCUGAGCGUCGGCGCGGCAGUGGACCAGGGCAUUAUCGCCAACGAGACGCUGGGUUACUUCCUCGCCCGCAUCUACCUAUUCCUGACCAAGAUCGGGAUCAACCCCAAGCGGCUCCGCUUCCGCCAGCACAUGGCGAAUGAAAUGGCGCACUACGCGACAGACUGCUGGGACGCGGAGAUAGAGAACUCGUACGGCUGGACGGAAUGCGUCGGGUGCGCCGAUCGCGCGGCGUACGACCUGACAGUGCACUCCGAGAAGACCGGACACCCGCUCACUGUCAAGCAGCAGCUGGCAGAGCCCAUUGUAACGGAGCGCGAGGUCGCAGUGCCCAACAAGCGUCUGUUCGGAAAGACAUUGGGGAGGAGCACGCCGGUUGUAACGGGGCUGCUUGACGCCAUGGACGAUGCGCAGCUGCUCAAGCUCAAGGGGGAACUGGCGCAAGGGGCGGCCACGAUCGUGUCCAAUGACGGGCAGGAGUUCAAGCUCACGCCCGAUCUUCUCACCAUUGAACGCAGGACAUUCAGACAGACGACGCGCGAGUUUACACCGAACGUCAUUGAACCUUCGUUCGGUCUAGGACGCAUUCUAUAUUGCCUGUUAGAACACAGCUUCUGGAGUCGAGAACAGGACAUGGACCGUGGGGUUCUGUCGCUUCCUGCUCUAGUGGCUCCCACCAAGGUUUUGAUCGUACCACUGAGCACCAAGAAGGAGCUGUCUCCGCUCGUUGCGGAAAUAACUGCAAAACUGCGCAAGGCCGGCGUGUUCUCUCGUGUGGACGACUCGAGCCAGUCAAUUGGGAAGCGUUAUGCGCGAAACGAUAUGCUGGGCACGCCGUUCGGUAUAACGGUCGACUUUGCUUCCGUGCAAAACCGAACUGUGACGCUGCGGGAGCGUGACACGACGGUACAGCUCAUCGGGCCUGUCGACGACGUGAUCGCGACGGUGACUGAACUCGUGGACGACACUAUCGACUGGACGGAAGCGUGCAAGCGCCUCUCCAUCUACGACGGCGUGCAGGCGGUAGAGUAACGUACUUAAUUGCGCAGACUUCACAGGAGCGAAUGGGAUAGCAGCGAAGACCAUCUCCGUGUACUCACUCGAAAGAAAUAGAGUUAUAACCACUCGUUGAGACUAA